CUGACUCUGUAUUUUACACGCGUUUUUGGCACUCCAAAAAUCAAAGAACACAACCAUAGGAUAGGAAUUACGAACCAUAUUCGAUCUCUUAGAAAGAAUCCCAUAGCCAACUUCAUGCGAACUAUAUAUAUAUAUAAACCACACAACCUUUACUGACCAGUCGAAAGCCUGAGAGAGAGCCCGAAAGCAGAGUAGACAGCUAUGUCCAUCAUCGAUCCUUGUUACUGAGGAGACAGACCGGCCCAUUUCAGGAAGCUUGUUCGAAAGCAUACCCUUUUGAUUACACAGUGACUCUCACAGGCUCACAGCUAGCUAGCUAGCAUGAGAAAAAUCAGAGGCAUCAGGCUCGGACGCAAGGUGGUGAAGGUCUUCAAAUGGAUAAUCCGACCCAGAAGAAACCCUACAAGGUACCGCCACUUGGACCCUCCCACCAGUACCAGAACAUCCCUCAAUCCCAUCUCCAAAAUCCUCGGCUUGGCACGGUGUCUUCGGCGUGGAGCAAAGGGUCUCUGCAUUCCCAGCCCGCAUCCGGAUUACAUCCGGGUGGGUCAAGACCCAGUGGAAGCGAGAAAGCAAGCAGAGGGUGUACCAAAGGGGCACUUGGCCGUGUACGUGGGGAACUCAGACGAUGACACGCAGAGGUACCUGGUGCCUGUCAUAUAUUUCAAUCACCCGCUCUUUGGUGAGCUGUUGCAGGAAUCUGAGAAGCUAUACGGGUUCAACCAUCCGGGUCGGAUAACCAUACCCUGUGGGGUUUCGGAGUUUGAGAGGGUCCAGACUAGGAUAGCCGCCGCAGGGGAACACGGCCCGCACCCUAGGUGGAGGCGUCCUCGGCAGUAAUGAUCACGAGGAUCACAGUACAGUGUCAUAGUUACUUAGCGCCGAUGAUUGGGUAAAUGGUCAUCACAAUUCAUGAUCAUGAUUUUCAUUUAAUAGAGAAUAUUUCGAUUUCUUUUUCUUCUAAAUACUUGUGAAUAUUGUAUGCAAAUAAUUUUUCAAAAAAAUUAGUAAUGUUUUUGCUUGGGCUAUUUUUCUUUCACAAAUUUUAUGGGAUUUUUUUCUG